AUGUCUUUUAAAUUUAAUAGUGGAACGUUCGAAGACAAUACGUUUAACGAGCAGAUACGUGAUAGGCUUACAAGAGCUUUGAAUCCCAGCAGAUUUGAGAAUCCAGAAUCUACUAGUGGCCAGGAUGGAAGCGACUCCCAAAAGAAACCGAAAAAAUUGGAUAUCCUAAAAUCUGGGGUAACUGUUCGUCAAGUUGAUUUCCGUACCAUUCCACAACUUGAGAUUUUGGAUUUGGAUGUUUCUGCUCAAUCAAAAUCUCUACUAAAAGGUAUCUGCAAGAUCUCUUGCAAAGAUGCAAUGAUACAAAUAACGACUGAGAUUGAGGCCAAUUUGUUACUUCUCUAUGAAGCUGUCUCACCAGAAUUCACCACCCCGAAACUCAUAUCAAAUGAUUCUUUCACAGUGCCGAUAACUAUGACUUUUGAUCACAUUGAACUUGAAGCAAUCACUAACAUAUUUGUGAAGAAUACUGGAGUUGGGAUAUCUUUUAAUGAUGUCAAUUUAGAUUUCAGAUUUGAAUGUUCCAUGAAAUUGUUACAAACGAGUAUCGAGAAGAGACUCAAGAAUUCUAUGGAAACGAUAUUUAAGGACGUAUUACCAAGCGUUAUCUUCAACAUGUCUCAGAGAUGGUUCACCCAUGGUCCAGAACUCGUCGAAGAUCCUUCAUUGAUUGCUACAGACUCCGCAUUAUCGGAAGUAACUCCGAUGACUAUAUUGGAUGAUUCUGAUUUACAAGAUUUAUCUCCUGCAACUAUGCUUCGUUUGUCGACUCUUAUAUCCUCCCGGCAAUCUUUAGCACUAAAUCCAAUAUCAUCACACACUGUAGCAACAAUCCCUGGUUGUAUUGAAAGACAGAAUCUCCGCCGAUUCAGUUCUCGGAUCCCUUCAUUGAACAAUUAUUACGCACAAGAAGUUGGGAAACACCGACCAUCCAAAAUAUUACCCACCAGGGAGAAUAGUAAUAGCAUUAUUGCCAACAAAAUGGCAUCUGAUUUUAUUCAGAACAGUCUACCGACAGAAGUUCUGGAAAGCGGUUCCUAUAACAUAAGGGAAAUUGCUAACAUACAACAACGAAUUUAUGAAAGAAACAAUGAGGAGAAUGUAAUAAGAAGAAGAAGAAUUAGGUUAGGUAAGAGAAGUAAGUCAGUACAGGAUACCGCUGCUAAAAUGCAUCCUGUUCCAGAAUCUGGAUCAUUACACCCAAUUAUACAGCCGUCGACAACACCUGCUGCAACAGUGACUCCUCUGUUGUCACCACAACCUGUUGUUGCUAAGUCUCCUCCUGAAAGUAUGACGCCAAAUACUCUUCCUGAACAAUCACCAUAUACAUCCAACAUUGCUAUUGAUAAAAUACCUGACCUCACACUACCACAGGCACAACUUCAGAAAGAUAAAGUACCAAUGAGAUUGAAUCUCUUGGAGGAGUCAUAUUUCAAAUCUGACCUGAAGGAUCUGAGAAAUUCUCUGUAUUCACCAAUGCGCAAUCAAAGAUUUUACGUACAAUCUGAAGAUGGAGCAAGGCCUUCUCUUCUAGAUGGAAAGCGUUUCAGUUUCGUUGGACUUGCAAAUCAACAAAUGAAAUGGGGCAACGACGAUCUUCCCCCACCAUAUAAGGCUAAUUAG